UAUAAACGAUAUGUCUUUACGUUUUUUAAUAUUUCAUAUCUAAUCUAACCUAUAAAUGUCACAUGUAUAAAAACAUGUAAGCGAGUGUAUAUAGAAGAGAUAAUGGCCACGUUCAGCAGACUGAUCAGAUCAGUGAUCGCUUAGUGAUUCUUUAAUACGAUUGAAUCUUGCCUUUAGAUCUUCCCUGGAUCUAAGUGUAGAAACUAAUCAUAUUGAAGAAUCACUAAACACUCACUGAUCUGCUCAGUCUGCUGAACAUGGUUAAUGUAGUGCAAACUCCAGCUAUGUAUACAAUGUUAAAAGCACUUACUGAUAUUGAAAUUUCUUUCAGAUGACAUUAGAAAGUUCUUCACGAAAAAGAAAAACACCUGUAGAUUUGUGUGAUAAAAUGAAAAAUAAAGUCAAGAAAAAAAACAAAAUCAAAACAAAGGAACCAAAUAUAUUAAUAAAAGAAACAUCUGUUUCUGAUGAGAAGAAGACACACAUUCCGGAAGUUGGAUUUUGUUGGGAAGAUACAACACGUAAUGCUGUUUCUGCUAUUGAAACAUCUAGCGAUGAGGAGGAAAAGCCUGUAGAAGAACCAAAACAAAAGAAAAAGAAGCUGAGCGCUUCGGAGCGUCGGGAACAGGAACGACAGAAAGAACGUGAGAUUCGUCAGCGGGAGGAAGCUUUAGCGAGCAAUCAAGUGCCCAACUCCGUUGACCAAUUCGAGAGAUUAGUUUUAUCGAGUCCGAACAAUUCUUUGAAUUGGUUGCAGUACAUGGCACAUCAUCUGCAAGCUACAGAAAUUGACAAAGCGAGAGCGGUAGCAAAGCGAGCCAUUAAAACGAUCAAUUUUCGAGAAGAAAAGGAACGACUCAGUAUAUGGAACGCGUGGUUGAAUCUCGAAUCUACUUUUGGCACUCCCGAAUCUCUCAACGACGUUUUUCAGGAAGCUGUGAGAACAAAUGACGCGUCAGAGGUAUACACGUACAUGCUAACUGUGCACGUGGAUGCUGGCAGACUUGCCGAGUUGGAGAAAUUAAUCAACACCAUAAUCGGCAAGUUCAAACAGGAUUUUCAAAUGUGGGUAAAUUGUGGUGCCGCGUUACUCAAAAUCGGUCAGAUAAAAAAAUCGCGACAUAUUAUGCAACGAGCUCUACAAUCCUUGCCCGCGUCUCAACAUGUAAAUUUGAUAGUGAGAUUCGCGAAUCUGGAGAACAAGUUUGGGGAAAAGGAACGAGCGCAAACGUUAUUCGAGAACAUCCUAACGUCGUAUCCUAAACGUGUUGAUGUGUGGUCGUGUUACAUCGAUAGUUUGAUAAAAUCCGAAAACAUUGAUAUGGCAAGGAAAGUGUUGGAACGAGCGUGUGCUCUGACACUUCCAGCCAGAAAGAUGAAAACUCUAUUCAAGAAAUAUAUCAAUUUCGAAGAGAAGUACGGUUCACCCGAGGCUGUAAACCGUAUCACUCAACUGGCUGCUGAUUACGUUGAGAAGCAGUGUAACAAGGAAUGAUGUAUAUAUGUAAUAUAUGUGAUAUGUGAUAUUUAUAUAUGUGAUGUGUGAUAUGUACAGACGGCGUCAAAA